AUGAAGCUUCUUCUUUCCACCUCUAAUAUCGUGGGCGCAGGCUCUUUGCUCCGGCUCUCUCCCAAAUCCAAAUCGAACGCCGAGUUUAUAUCUUCUCUCCGGGCCAACUUCGCGGACCAUUCGGGCGUUGAAGACAUCCACGUCAAUGGCGAUGGAAAGGUCAAGAAGCCGUCUUACAAGACAUGGACGAGGAAAACAGACGAUACAUUGGAAAUACCAAGUCUAGACUUCACCAACACGGCACUACAAGAAGAACGCGAACAGUACGAUAUCACUGUAAAGCUCUUCUACCUGCCAGGCGCAUCGAUCGAGAAACGAGCCACCCAAACACGAGAAGCGAUUGAGCUUGUAUUGAAAGAGUUGCACAUACCAUCGAUCGAUCUUCUGAUUGUGUCGUUUCCCGGAAUCUACUUCGACGAGCAAGAGGCUUGUCCCGACAAACUCUCCACUCGCGGACCAGUAGAAGCUGAUCCUGAACCGCUUGAAAGCCAACUGCAGGCAUGGAGUACAAUAGAGCAACUUCGCGACGAGGGCGUUGUGUUGAAGCUUGGAAUCGCAGAAUUUGGAGAGGAAAGGUUGGAAUCGCUGCUUGAGAAAGCCAGAAUCCCACCAGCCGUCGAUCAGAUCAACCUUCGCGAUUGCUGCUCUGUGCCCAAAGACCUCAUGGCCCUUGCUAAGAGUAAGAAGGUCGAAUUGCUCGUCCACAACGAUUGCUCCAACAUUCUCCCACGCGGCACAGUUCGCGAACUGCUUGGCCAAGGUCCUGACGGAGCUGGUGUCCUUGCAGAGCCAAGCAAGGCAGGCGAUAAGCGAAAGAGCUUGCACGGGGAAGAGCAGACUAACGGACGUUGCAAUGACUGUCUCGAGGGUAAUGUCCAGCCUCAGUGGGUCGUCAAGUAUACGGCCGUCGUUCGCAACAGAGGUGUCAUCGAAAACAAGGGCUACUUCGCCGCCGCAGAGUUGACUGGCUGA